CGCCGAGGAGUCCCUUGCUGAAGGCGGGACGCGGAGCGGCGGGCGGCGCGCGCGCGCCCGAGAGGCGGCUGUUGGAGAAGUGGAGCGGCGGUCGCGGGGGGAGGAGGAGGAGGUGGAGGAGGAGGAGGAGGGACUGAGCGGCGGCAGCCCCCGCGUCCCGGUGCCUCUAUGGGGGAAGCAGACAAUGGAUUAUGAUUUCAAGGCGAAGCUGGCGGCCGAGCGGGAGCGGGUGGAGGAUCUGUUUGAGUACGAAGGGUGCAAAGUGGGACGCGGCACCUACGGGCACGUCUACAAGGCGAGGCGGAAAGAUGGAAAAGAUGAAAAGGAGUAUGCACUGAAGCAGAUUGAAGGCACAGGAAUAUCCAUGUCGGCGUGUAGAGAGAUUGCGCUUCUGCGGGAACUGAAGCACCCCAACGUGAUCGCGCUGCAGAAGGUGUUCCUCUCACACAGCGACAGGAAGGUGUGGCUGCUCUUUGACUAUGCAGAGCAUGACUUGUGGCAUAUUAUUAAGUUUCAUCGUGCAUCAAAAGCAAAUAAAAAGCCAAUGCAGUUGCCAAGAUCUAUGGUUAAAUCAUUACUUUACCAGAUUCUUGAUGGUAUUCAUUACCUCCAUGCAAAUUGGGUGCUUCACAGAGAUCUGAAACCAGCAAAUAUCCUAGUAAUGGGAGAAGGUCCUGAGAGGGGGAGAGUCAAAAUAGCUGAUAUGGGUUUUGCAAGAUUAUUCAAUUCUCCACUGAAGCCACUAGCAGAUUUGGACCCCGUGGUUGUGACAUUUUGGUAUCGCGCUCCAGAACUUUUGCUUGGUGCAAGGCAUUACACAAAAGCCAUUGACAUCUGGGCAAUAGGCUGCAUAUUUGCGGAAUUGUUGACUUCAGAACCCAUUUUUCACUGUCGCCAGGAAGAUAUAAAAACAAGCAAUCCCUUUCAUCAUGAUCAGCUGGAUCGGAUAUUCAGUGUCAUGGGGUUUCCAGCAGAUAAAGACUGGGAAGAUAUUAGGAAGAUGCCAGAAUACCCUACACUUCAAAAGGACUUUAGAAGAACAACGUACGCCAACAGCAGCCUCAUCAAGUACAUGGAGAAACACAAGGUCAAGCCAGACAGCAAAGUCUUCCUGUUGCUCCAGAAAUUGCUCACCAUGGACCCAACCAAGAGGAUCACGUCCGAGCAGGCGCUGCAGGAUCCCUAUUUUCAGGAGGACCCGUUGCCAACAUUGGAUGUGUUUGCUGGCUGCCAGAUCCCAUACCCCAAACGGGAAUUCCUCAAUGAAGAUGAGCCAGAAGAAAAAGGUGACAAGAAUCAGCAGCAGCAGCAGCAGCAGCCCACGGCCCCUCCACAGCAGGCAGCUGCCGCCCCACAGGCACCCCCAGCCCAGCAGAACAGCACCCAGACCAACGGGACCGCAGGAGGGGCUGGCGCCGUGGCCGGGGUCGGCGGGGCCGGGACCGGGCUGCAGCACAGCCAGGACUCCACUCUGAGCCAGGUGCCUCCGAGCAAGAAGCCCAGACUGGGGCCCUCUGGGACGAGCUCAGGCGGGCCCGGCCUGCCUGCCGAUUAUCAGCACUCCAGUUCCCGCCUGAAUUACCAAAGCAACGUUCAGGGAUCCUCCCAGGCGCAGAGCACCCUGGGUUACUCCUCCUCGUCUCAGCAGAGCACGCAGUAUCACUCCUCUCAUCAGGCCCACCGGUACUGAAGCCACCCCUGGCCCGGCCCAGCCUGAGCACAGGCCACAGCAAUACAAUGUCUGCGUUGAAAAGGAGCCCCCUGAUGUAAACCCUUUCGUCAUCUGAUACUCUCACCCUCGGGAAGAAAACAUUGAACUCUGAGCAUUUUGCAG